UAUAUACCAAAACUAUCCAAUCCUCUUGAAAGCAAUGUUUAGUCUGAUCAACAGAAGAGCAGUCGGACUCGCUAGACGUCCAAACAUGGCUCUCAUAGCGGCCGGUGCUUCUAGAACCAUCAGCUCCAAGGAUUUGACUCCCAAGACUAUGCCUACAGACUUUCCUUUGAUGUCUCAAAAGGCUGCUUCUGCCCCAGUAGAUUAUGCAUUAACAUCAUUGGACACCAUUGCCAACUGGGCUAGAAAGUCGUCUUUCUGGCCGGUGACGUUCGGGUUGGCCUGUUGUGCUGUGGAAAUGAUGCACGUUUCUACCCCCAGAUAUGAUCAAGAUAGAUUGGGGAUUAUUUUCAGAGCCUCUCCAAGACAGAGUGAUAUUAUGAUUGUUGCUGGAACCGUCACCAAUAAAAUGGCUCCAGCUUUAAGACAAGUUUACGAUCAAAUGCCAGAACCAAGAUGGGUAAUUUCUAUGGGAUCCUGUGCUAAUGGAGGUGGGUAUUACCAUUAUUCCUACUCAGUGGUGAGAGGUUGUGACAGAAUCAUUCCUGUCGAUGUGUAUGUUCCAGGCUGUCCUCCAACUGCCGAAGCAUUGAUGUAUGGGGUAUUUCAGUUACAAAAGAAGAUGAUGAAGACCUCCAUCACGAGAUUGUGGUACAGAAGUUAGGGGAGCAUGUUUGCAUAUGUAAUGAUAGAUUCAUAAUAUAUUUAUAUUUAUCGGA